AUGCAUUCUACUGUGUUGCCAAUCAUUCGAAAGCAACUUGAAAAUAACACUGAGGAGGACAUCUCGGAAGAAGAGCUUUUUCGAUACACACGCUAUCGUUGGCUUACGUUUGAUGAAGACGAAAAACUUACCAGCCGCUGCCGCAAGUUCAAUGUUGCAGCUUUAUUAGCAGCCGCGGUCAAUGCUGUUGAUAAUGGAGCAAAAUCCUGCGUGAAGAUAUUGAAAUGCAUUGAAGGAUCGUACAACAUAGCCCUCCUAUUGACAAUGGACAAUGGCAUGGAGGUUCUGGCUAAACUUCCUAAUCCAAACGCUGGACCGAGUUUCUACACCACUGUAUCACAGGUUGCUACCCACCGAUUCGCACGAGAAAUACUCAAUCUGCCGGUUCCUCGCAUAUACGCAUAUUCCGCAGAUUCGAGUAAUGCGGUAGAAGCCGAGUACAUCAUCGAAGGAAAGGCUACAGGUAAACCAUUAAGUAGUAUUUGGUACGAUUGGUCCGAAGAGUCGCAGACCAAAUUCGUAUCUCAACUAAUCGAGAUGGAGACGAAGCUGGCCUCUUUUUCAUUUCGAAGCCAUGGAUGCCUUUACUACAAGGAGGAUCUGGUGCAGAAAGGUGUUCCAGCUCGAGACCUCCAGGCACCGUUAUAUACCCCACAUCAGUGA